AUGGCCAAAAUUCACUCUUUUUAUAUUUCUAACCUUAAAAAUAAUCUUCAAUUUUAUGAAAAAGAAUUAUCGGAGAGUGAGUUAUAUGAUAGUGCAUUAGAACUAACAAUUUAUACUAACAUCGAAAAUAAUAAUACAGUUUUAGAUCAAAAUAAUGUUUUAGAAUCAUUUCAAUAUUCAAAUAGUGAUAAAUUAGAAAUUAGAUCAAUGGUUAAUUUGUCAUAUAAAAGUUUUGGUAGGCAAGGUAAUAUAAAAAUGUCUCAUUUGGUAAAACAAGAAAGUGGUAAUAUGGAUUUUGAUCCUAUAGCAAUUGUGAAAAAUGAACUUUGA